CUAAAAACGAAUAGGUCAGUCUUGGGCGGAGAUUCUGAUCUUUUCUGUGACGCCGAUCUCCUCACGUUUUGUCAUGUGUUUACCGGGCUCCAGUCCACGUGCUACUCUCACGAGGCCCCGCCCACAGUGUAGACACGCCCAUCGAAGGUUCACAAAGUUCUGAAAGUCCCGUCACAGCAGCAGAGCAUCUCGAAUCUACUGUACACGCUCCAGGACUGACUUUAACACUCACUUUCGUCUGUUUGCGACACUUUCGCCUCAAGACUCAUCUGAAGUUCUGUUUUAAGCUCGAUUCUGUCGUCCAGGAUUUCAAACACUUGACGUUAUCCUGCGAACAGGAGACUCUUCCACAGUCUUCUGCUAAAACAUCUCAUGGCGAUGGACAAACGGAUCCUGCGGUCUCUGGGGAACGGCCGGGCGCGGCGGAACCUCUUCGGUCCGGUGGAUCGUGAGCAGCUCCAGCUGGAGUACCUCGACGCUCUGAGGAAGGACCUGGAGGAAGCAUCCCGCCGCUGGAGUUUCGACUUCCUCUCGGAGACACCUCUGGAGGGCGGAGACUUCCUGUGGGAGGGCGUGUCCAAGGAAAAGCUGCCCGUCUUGUACCGCGCCUCUCGGGAGGUGCAACCGCGCGGGAAAGAGAACAUCCUCGGAACCCCGGAGAGAUUCAGCACCGUCUCGCAGGAUGUGGAGAAAACGCCAGAAAAGAGGACAGAGCUGAAGAGGAAACAGACGAAUAUCACAGACUUCUAUCAGGCGAAGAAGAGGCAGGUGGCCACACCCCGCAAAUCAGGACAAUAACACACACACACACACACACACACACACACAGUCAGGAACGCUAGUGUGUCUCGUCAGGACUCGUCUCUUCAUAGGAGGAACACUUACACACGAGAACUGAUGUACUGUUGGAUCUGUGCGGGGGCCAUGGACCGAAUCAAGAAACACACACAGUGGACUGUUCCACAACUUAUUUAGCAUCUUCCAUCAUGUUUUUGUUUGACAGAGAAAUUGUUUCUCUGUCAUUCCUCUUCCUGUUUAUAUGUUUGCAUGUCAACGUUUAACAUUUAUGCAUAAUGAUGUUUAAGAGAAUGUGUUAAAAUCUUU